AUGCUCGCCCACCGCGCCCUCCUCCUCCUCCCCUUCCUCUCGGCCACCCUCGCCAGCACCGCCCCAGGCCGCCGCACCUCCACGCCCGCAACGCUCCUCCCGCGCGACAACGACAGCGACGAGUGCUCGGACGGCUUCGCCCUCUGCUCCGAAGGAUCGUGCUACCCGCUCGACGGAUCUACCGACACCGACGACAGACGGGAGAUACUGCGACCCCGGGUGAGCGCGUCCUCACUUUUCGAGGCGUCGCGGGAUCGAUCGCUGACGGGUGCCCGAAGGUUCACUUGCCAGACGGACGGGUGCGUGCUGGGUAACGGCGCGGCGGGGGCGCACCCGGCGGCCGCGGGCACGCUCGCGGGGCUGCUUGCCGUCGGCGCGGCGUUCGCCCUCGCUUGA